UCAUCUGGAUAUUCUACAAACAGAGCCUAACGAGUUUUUAUGAACAAUGGUCGCAUGGAACGCUAAAACUCAUAUUAUAUAAACGCAUUUCAUUCUCAAAAAGAUGGAGUUGGAUGAUUAUAUGUUCGUUCUAGCAGUUCUUAUUGUACACGUGAACAUAUCGAUGAGCUUAUCUAGAUGUGGACCCGAACUAAAAUGUUCUUGCGUGACGAGUCCAUCAGGAACAAUUGCAAUGGAUUGUAAAGCAAGAAAAGUUAACAUUCGUCAGGUUUGCGAAAGCAUUGCGCAAAUAUACCCAAAUGUGUCGGAUCUUAAUAUUGCACGGAAUAACAUUGGUAACUUUAAUGCCGAAGACGUGAACAACUGUCGAAACAUCAGUAGUUUGAAUAUGAAUUACAACCAGAUUUCGUCACUGCAUAGUGGUGUCUUUAAGGAUUUUCAGAAUAUAUUGGCCCUUGAUUUGAGCGAUAACGUGCUCGAUAUUUUCAACAAGACGGCGUUUGACCCUGGGUUUUUUCCGUCAACUCUAAGAAUCCUCAAACUAUUUGGCAAUUUUCCAGAGGAUAACGAGAUUGAAAGGAGCUUUGACUACCCAAAUCUCACUUAUUUACAGAAACUUGAGGUGUUGGAGAUGGAUGGCAUUGAAACAGAUAUAGGUCUGGAAUAUGAAAACAGCAGCGUCAGGAAUUUAACUCUAUCAUCAAAAGGACCUUUGGGUUUCUGCUCCAUAAAGGAAAUUUUUCCGACCACAUUUUACUCGCUUGUAAAUGUACGUGUGCUAGAUAUAUCCUCGUGCAAAAUUGAAAAUAUUUACAGAGAUGCCUUUAAAAACUUGGUGAGUCUUGAAAUCCUAGACCUUUCUUUGAACAGGCGUCUUGGAUUUAGCUCCCUGAUGAACGUUUCCUAUUCGCUUCAGUUUACAAAUAUCCAGUUUCUGAAUUACUCACGGGUUUAUACAACAUUUGGCGUUGGGACCAUAAUUCUGAACAGAGAUAUAUGCUACCUUCGAAAUACAUCUCUGAAAGCAAUUGCAUUUGAUGGCAACAAGGUCCAAAUGGUAGAAAAGAACACCUUUGUAUUAUUUCCGAAGCACUUGGAAACAAUUUACGCACAAGAGAAUAAAUUCUCUUUUGGAUUAUACCUGUUUCAAUUUGGUUGCCUGGAAAACGUUCUACAAAUCGAUGCAAAUAAUCAAAACAAAAUGCACGCGCCUAUAAAAUACCUUGCGGAACCCAAAUCAAAAGACGACAACGAUCGAAGCAGGGAUUCGAAAUGUCAAUAUAUGACGGAAGAAAGUUUGAAGACCAUUGCGAAAGAAAUCCCUGACUGUACGUAUGUUCCACCAAAUGAAACAGCUGGUGAUUUAAAACCACAGUUUUCUAGGUCUCUCAAAAGAGUUUAUUUCUCCGGCUGCAAUAUGGUUUAUAACCUUGACAAAACAGAAUUCACUAUAAAUCCAUCAAAUAACUCACUGGAAGUGUUGGAUUCUUCAAAAAACGCUUAUCCUUCCUUGAGGGGCAGGAUUGGUCCAUUUCCAAAUCUAAAGUUUCUGUCGUUUUCACGUUCUUACUGUUCAUUCAUUAGUUCAGACUUUUUGUCAAUGUACAAACUUGAGAACCUUCAGCUAGAUCGAAAUUAUUUGGGAGGAAUGUUUGCACAUCCGGGAGGUGGAGACACGUUUAAAUAUCUAACCAAUUUGAAAAUGCUAAAUCUGUCAACAAACCGCAUUACACACCUCAAAAGGAGUAUAUUUAGUCGUCUCGGAAAGAUUGAAGAAAUUGACCUAAGCGGUAACAGCAUCGAACAAAUUGACAUUGAUGUACAGCCUUUAAAAAAUCUACUUCAUUUGAACUUUCGAGAUCAUGACUUACAUUUUAUUCGAGCCGAUAUAAUACCACGAUUGGAAGGCAGAGGGAUGAAGCUGUGUGUACACCAACGGGAUUUUCUACCAGGCAUACCGAUACAGGACAACAUAGUGGAUGCGAUACGCACAAGCAAGAAAACAGUGGUGAUCCUCUCUAAAGCUUUUAUAAAGAAGCAGUGGUGCAUAUUUGAGUUCAACAUGGCAAGAAUGGAAAGUAUUGGCAAUCGAGAGUGCGUGAAUGGGUGUUUAGUAAUUGUACUGUACGAGAAUGUUCCCACGAAAGAAUUACCGCUAGAAAUAAUGGAUUGGAUGGACAAUCAUUCGUACAUUAGUUAUACACGCAAUCCAGACGGGCAGCUAUUGUUUUGGGAAAAUCUGACCACAGCCAUUGAACGUUGAUGUCCAUUAUAAACUAAAUACUUGCAAGCAUUGCUAUUGUAAUUGGUUUUAUAUUGUAGUAGCUUCUCGAUAUCUUUAUCUGGUUGAAUUACAAAUACAUAUAAAUUUAUAAUAUUGAUGCUAGCAUAGUUCAAUUGCCUAUUUGUAUGUUUUAAAAUGUUUCGCCCAUGUAUCUGAUAAUGUAUUCAUGAUGGCAUCCGUACAUUAGUGUAAGGAACGUGUAUGUAAACUUAUUUGUAUGUAAAGUGUUUGAUGAUAUGAAUGGAAUGUAA